AUGCUGCAGGAGGAGUUUGGGGAGCGUUUGGUGGCAGCAGCAGGUUCGAAAAACUACUGUCGUUUGACAGUAAAUUUGAAUUUGUUUUUAAAUGUUUCGAGGGUUUGCAAAGUCGACAGAAACUCCUUCAAACCUCCCCCGAAAGUGGACUCCGUGGUGGUUAAAAUAACCCCUAAAAGAGAGGUUUUGCCGCUGCCUUACAGCAGCAGCGAGCUGCAGCAGCAGGUGGCAGCAGCAGCAGCAGCAGCAGCAGCAGCAGACAAGCGCAGCGUCAACUUGGCUGCCAACGACUUCUUCUCGCUGCUGCUCGAGUUCCACAAAAGACGCAUUUACUUCUCUGCUGCUGCUGCAGCAGAACCCGACAAACAAAACCAACAAGGGGUGGAGGAGAUGUUGCUGGAAGGCGGUGAAGGCGACGAGGAGGACUCAGGAGAUGAAAAUGAAAAAUAA